CAGGCACCGAACACCCAGCCCGGCCAUGAGGGGCACGAGCGCCCGGGCCCCGCUCUGCCUGCUGCUGGCCGCCGCCCAGCUCGCGCUGCCGCAGCCCCCGGAGAGACCUGUUUUCACAUGUGGCGGCAUUUUCACUGGCGAGUCUGGCUUCAUUGGCAGCGAAGGCUUUCCUGGAGUGUACCCUCCAAACAGCAGAUGCACUUGGAAAAUCACAGUUCCUGAAGGGAAGGUGGUGGUGCUUCGUUUCCGAUUCAUAGACCUCGAGAGUGACAACCUGUGCCGCUACGACUUCGUGGAUGUGUACAGUGGCCACGCCAACGGCCAGCGCAUUGGGCGUUUCUGUGGCACGUUCCGGCCUGGAGCCCUUGUGUCCAGUGGCAACAAGAUGAUGGUGCAGAUGAUUUCGGACGCCAACACAGCUGGCACUGGCUUCAUGGCCAUGUUCUCGGCGGCUGAACCAAAUGAAAGAGGGGAUCAGUAUUGUGGAGGACGCCUCGAAAGACCUUCAGGCUCCUUUAAAACCCCCAACUGGCCAGAUCGUGAUUACCCUGCUGGAGUCACCUGUGUGUGGCACAUUGUAGCUCCAAAGAAUCAGCUUAUAGAGUUAAAGUUUGAGAAAUUUGAUGUUGAGCGGGACAAUUACUGCCGUUAUGACUACGUGGCUGUGUUUAAUGGUGGAGAAGUCAAUGACGCUAAGAGAAUCGGAAAAUAUUGUGGUGACAGCCCACCUGCGCCAAUAAUAUCAGAGAGAAACGAGCUUCUUGUUCAAUUUUUGUCAGAUCUAAGUUUAACUGCGGAUGGAUUUAUUGGCCACUACAAAUUCAGACCAAAAAAAUUGCCCGCAACUACAGUACGACCUGUUACUACCACACCCCCUGUAACUUCAGGUGUAAAACCUACUGUGGCCCUGUGUCAACAGAAGUGUAGGCGAACUGGGACUCUGGAGAGCAAUUACUGUUCGAGUGACUUUGUGUUGGCUGGCACUGUGAUUACAACAGUCACUCGAGGUGGGAGCCUCCAUGCCACGGUCUCGAUCAUCAACAUCUACAAAGAGGGGAAUCUAGCAAUUCAGCAGGCGGGCAAGAGCAUGAGUACCAAGGUCAUCGUGGUCUGCAAGCAGUGCCCGCUCCUCAGAAGAGGUCAAAAUUAUAUUAUUAUGGGCCAAGUGGGUGAAGACGGGAGAGGCAGAAUCAUGCCCAGUAGCUAUAUCCUGAUGUUCAAGACCAAGAACCAGAAGCUCCUGCAUGCCUUGAAAACCAAGCAAUGUUAA